UGGGGAGGCGCCACAUCCGGCGGCUGACUCGUUGUGUAUAAAACCGAGGCCGCAGUAGUCGGCUUCCAGCAGCAGCACUGGGCUCUUUUCGGCUACGGGAGCAGUUGCUCCAAUGCCCCACAGCGGCCAUGAGCAUCCCGCACUGGUGGGACCAGCUGCGGGCCGGCAGCUCGGAGGUGGAUUGGUGCGAGGACAACUACACGAUCGUGCCUGCCAUCGCCGAGUUCUACAACACGAUCAGCAACGUCUUAUUUUUCGUUUUACCGCCCAUCUGCAUGUGCUUAUUUCGCCAGUACGCAACAUGCUUCAACAGUGGCAUCUACCUAAUAUGGACGCUCUUAGUUGUAGUGGGAAUUGGAUCCGUCUACUUCCACGCAACCCUAAGUUUCUUGGGUCAGAUGCUCGAUGAACUUGCAAUCCUUUGGGUUCUGAUGUGUGCUCUGGCCAUGUGGUUCCCCAGAAGGUAUCUACCAAAGGUCUUUCGGAACGACAGGGGCAGGUUCAAGGCAGUGGUCUGCGUCCUUUCUGCGGUGACGACAUGCCUGGCGUUCGUCAAACCCGCCAUCAACAACAUCUCUCUGAUGACUCUCGGGGUUCCUUGUACCGUGCUGCUCGUUGCAGAGCUAAGGAGGUGUGACAACGUGCGUGUCUUUAAGCUGGGCCUCUUCUCGGGCCUUUGGUGGACCCUGGCGCUCUUCUGCUGGAUCAGUGACCGAGCCUUCUGUGAGCUGCUGUCGUCUUUCCACUUUCCCUACCUGCACUGCGUGUGGCACAUCCUCAUCUGCCUUGCCGCCUACCUGGGCUGCGUCUGCUUUGCCUACUUUGACGCUGCUUCCGAGAUCCCUGAGCAGGGCCCCGUCAUCAAGUUCUGGCCCAGCGAGAAAUGGGCCUUCAUCGGUGUCCCCUAUGUGUCCCUCCUGUGUGCCAGCAAGAAAUCACCGGUCAAGAUCACGUGAUGGCAAGGCAGUGGCUAGCUUCUCUGCCUAUUUUUCCUCAUGCACCGGGCUUCACUUGCCAGCAAAGACAGCCGGUGGUUUGUAGAGUUGGGGGUAGGAUCUGUCUUUUUAGUAUUUUGUUCCCUUGGGCUCUAACCAGCAAGUCUGUGGCUCACCAGGACUCCACUGUGCAUGGGGGAAGAGGGUCUUUCCCUUUCCCAAGAUGGAAAGUGAACUGAGGGGCAUCAGGUAGAUCUUCUCAGCAUCCCUUCCAGAUGCAGUGACUGGUUGGGCUGUAUCCUUUGUGAUGGCAAGGUGGUCCCUUGUGGGAGCCUCAGUUCCCAGGAGGAGUUUGCUCCAGACCCCACUGGUCCCAUGUGCUCUCAGAGUGGACUCUCUUGCUGACAGACUCUGUGACAGGCAAGACCAUCUGACUGAUGGAAGAUGCCAGGGAUUUUCAUCUGGGGAAACAGUCCUAAAAUAAAACCAAGCCAAUGAAACCCACACAGGGCUUGUGGCUGAGGAGGCUACUGGUCUACUCGGAGACUCUCGGUAACCAGAUUUUACUUGUGCUUGUGAAUCCUUUCUCUACUACCUCUGCUGAGAGCCGGGACUUCAGGUGAGAGUGGAGUGGACAGAAAAACCCUCUGUGCCAAAAGCUACACUCCACUUUAAGCCAUUCUUGAAGAUGAGCACAAUUUCUAAGUGUUGACAUUGUUGCCCACCCCUGCCCCCCAGCCCAGGGGCCUUCAACACUUGGAGAAGAGUAGGUAUGGCUAAGCCAUCUGCACACAGAGCCCCACUCCUUGCUGCUGAACUCUAAAGUCAAGGCCUUGGGAUGGUCACAGUGGGGAUCCUGGUUUAACAUCUGGAGCAAACACAAAGUUCUGGAAACUUCUGCUAAUGGGAAACCUUCGAUUCUGGAAGUUAUCCUCGAAAACCUCGCCUCUUCUUUGUCCAGUGUUUCCUGUGGGAAUUGUACUCCAUGCACUCCCAGGGCAAGGUGCUUCCUGUGGUUUUUCUGAGCAUCUGAUGGCUGCUUCUCUCGACUACUGAGGGGACCCCAUGCUGGCUUUUCGGGUCACUUACACAGUGGGCAAGUCUGUUGCCUUCUGAGUUUUUCCUCAGCUCAGAUGACACUGGCUACCACUAACCUCUUCACUGGGCUGAAUGAAGACUCCAAAAACGGUCAUUGAGGUUUGAGGGGGUGGAAUACAUGACCUCAGGGAUACUCGCUGUCCCUCCAACACCUCCUGCCUUGCAGCAUUCCGCUGUGAAAGAGGGCAGGACCGAGGUGUCCUUGUGAGGACAGGAGUCGUGUCACCAAGGAUUGAAGAGUUGGGCAGUACCAGUCUGUGGCAUGUCUAGGAACUCUUGCUUUACUGAGAAUUUUGUACAGGAUCUAAGGCGAAAAGUCCAAUAAGGAACAAUGAACUGAAAGUUUGAAAAUGAGGGACUUUGUUCUACUUCUGUGGUUUUCAAGUAACUUUUUUUUUAGCACAACCCUAUUUACAGUAAGAGAUCUUGAUGGAACCCAAAUGUGAGAAAUGUGUUGUAUUCUAUUAAGUUUAUUUGCAGGUUAAACUUAAAUAUUUCCCUAAUAUCAUGCAGUGAAAAUGCAAGUUAAAUUGUGGUUUCCAUGGUGAAAAAUUUGGUGUUGACGGAGUGUACCUGUGUAUUAUGGUUUAAAAAUAUACUUUGAAAAAAGGUAUUUAUGUAUUAGUGGGGUUCUAAUGCACCUCUGAGACCUUGGUGGUUUUUGGAAUCACUGAGAGUUUUAAAACUUUGGUCUAGCAUUUUUUAAAGGGAAAUAGCAGUCCUUGCUUCAGAUUAAUUUCACCUGGCAUGGAUUCUGGGCUCCUCCAUUCUGUAGUAUCAAAAUGCUCCAAAGUAGGGAGAAGCUUCCACAUGCUUCAGGCCCAGCUGUCUUAGCGUGGAAACUUGGAUGAGGAGAGGCAGGGAAGUGCGGGAAGGGUUUGUGUUCUGUGUGAGGAUUAAUUUCUGUCUUGAGAGUUCCUCAUUGACAGAAGCACUGUUCAGCAGUUAGGGAGGGACUGUGUCUCCCUCUCAGGUAACGGGGUGGGUGGGUCCCUGAUGAUCAUCACCUCCAGCUCUCAUCUCUUUGACCUUGCUCUUCUGGAAGUUUCUGAGUAUCCUUUGGAAAUAGGGAUACAAUGUGACUGCUGGAAAUAAGGAAAUCAGCGCCCUGGCUCACAGGGCUGUUUCCAUCCGUCUUCUACAAGACGGAUGACUUAGUUAAGGUAUCAGAAGGGAUAUUUUUGCUGUUAAAAAAAAAAAAA